ACUUUCUCCCCGGGAACGCUGAUUGGGCAAUACGCAUAGCCUGAGAGGCGUGGUUUGGCUGCGUUGAGAUGGGGAGGAUUGCUAAAAAAAGCAACCCGGAGUGGUCGCGGGCGAGGUUCUUUCCUUCUCUGCCUUAGCCUUUCCCUCCCUUCCCGAUAAGAUGUGGCGGCUAAUAAUCGCAGUGAGCUUGUUCCAAGGCCUGGUAAAUUCAUCAGUGCUUGAGAGAAGAAAAAGAGGCGUGGAUCCAGAAACAUCCAUGAACAUUAGUGAACUUAUUUUAUUCAGAGGAUAUCCCAAUGAGGAAUAUGAGGUUGUGACAGAUGAUGGAUAUUGCCUAAGUAUUAAUAGAAUUCCUUAUGGGAAAUUAAGUCAGAAAACCAAGGAACCGAGACCAGCUGUGUUUCUGCAACAUGGCUUACUUGCUGAUGGCAGCAACUGGGUGACCAACCUAGACUACAACAGCCUGGGUUUUGUGCUAGCUGAUGCUGGUUUUGAUGUUUGGUUAGGGAACAGCAGAGGAAACACUUGGUCUCGAAAACACAUCAAGUAUACCACAGAGCAAAAAGAAUUCUGGAUGUUCAGUUUUGAUGAAAUGGCUAAGUAUGACAUUCCUGCUUCAAUAAACUUUGUCUUGAACAAAACUGGUCAGGAGCAACUCUUCUACGUUGGUCAUUCUCAAGGCACCUCCAUAGGUUUCAUAGCAUUUUCAACUUUUCCAGAGUUGGCAAAAAAGAUAAACAUGUUUUUUGGAUUGGCACCUGUUAUGACUGCAGCGUAUUCAUCUGGUGCUUUGGCCAAACUUGGAGAGCUUCCCGAAUUGCUACUUAAAGAAAUAUUUGGAACGAAGCAGUUUUUCCCCCAGAACGAUCUAAUAAAAUGGCUUGCUACCCAUGUCUGCGACCGUAUUUUACUGGAUGAUCUUUGUGGCAACUUUUUCUUUCUCCUGUGUGGAUUUAAUGAGAAAAACCUAAACAUGAGCCGAGUAGAUGUAUAUUCAACACACUGCCCAGCUGGAACAUCUGUCCAGAAUAUGCUUCACUGGAGUCAGGUUGUAAAGUCUGGGGAAAUCAGAGCAUUUGACUGGGGAAGCAGAAAAAAAAAUAUGGCUCAUUAUAAACAGCCAAUACCACCUCUCUACAAAAUGAACAGGAUGCUUGUUCCAACAGCUAUAUGGACGGGUGGCCAGGACUGGCUGGCAGACAAAAAGGAUGUUGCCAUGUUAAUGACUAUGAUCCCAAACUUGGUAUACCACAAGGAGAUCCCAGACUGGGAACAUCUGGAUUUCAUCUGGGGCCUUGAUGCCCCGCAGCGCAUGUUCAGAGAUAUGAUUCAGAUGAUGUGGAAAGCUCAAUAUGCCCAUUGAUUACUUGAAGUUGUAGUCCCAAAACACUGAUGCAGUUGUGGAAAGGAAGUCUUGUGUUUUACCUACGUAUAGUAUUAUUCUGACACAAGCCUUCUAAGCAAUACCUUAAGAAAUGGAAACUGCAUUUGUCAUAUAAGCUUUUUUAAAUUCAUGCAGUUUUAAUGUAAAGGCAAAAAUAGGUAGCGAAUGAUACCAAACACCUUGCAGUGCUGCUGUUCUUGCACUAUUCAGAUAAUUUUUGAAAUGAGGGGAAGGGGAAAAAGACAAUUUAUUGAACGUUGCUAAUGUCCAUGAUACCGAGGCUGUAAAAGCUAUAUAAAAAUGGCUGUGAUUAUUUUAUUUUGCUUAUUUUGUUGGAACCAAUUCCUUUCAAAGUGCACUUAAAUAGUUUGGAUAUGGAAUCAAUAAGGAUAACUAGUAAUGGUUUAAAUUUUACAUCUGUGAAAUUUAUGUUGACAGCUCAUUCCAAAGCACACAGUCCUUAUUUGCUUAAAAUGUGAAAGAGCACUUGGAAAGCAAUCACCUUGGUUCUUUAAACACAAACGAUCCUGGAAGGUUUUUACAGAGUAGAUUUCCUGCCUUAAAAUCCUCCUCUGGAUUUUGCCACACGUACUUAAAGAUGCACCUCUCCGUAAUAUGGAAAGAAGAAAUAUUUCUGUUUGUUUCAGUAGGAAAAGGCUUGCCGGGGCAGGCUUCUUGAAUUGUAGUCCUGGUUUUGGAAACAGAUGCAUGCUUAUAUACUCUGGGACAUCUGGAAGACUUGGGUGUUUUAGAGGGAGUGGGCAUUUUGAAGGCAAUAUCAUGUGUAGCAGAGACUGGAAAUAAACUCAAUCUUUUUUAAUGAAA